UUCCCCCCUCUGCUGAUUUUAGAGACUGAAUAUACAUAGGAACUCGGAUUUUCUGUAAAUGUCUGCUUGGAUUUGUUCUAGCCUAGAAAAGGGAUACAGAUUUUUUGCUUUAAGCUCUCUCCCCUUCCCAUCGCUCAGUGCACCUUCCCCCAAAUUACUCCAUGUUUUGAUGUUCAUUUAAAGUAUUCCAAGUUUGGCUAAAUGUCUAAUUUUGAUUCAUCCAUCCACCUGCCCUGUAAUCUUUUCCACGUUUCUCCCCUCCUGGAAGGUUUAGAGGGACUCGUUUUUAAAGCAAGCCACUCUAUCUUUUGGUGGCGGUUAGUUAUGAUUUGCCAUUAGGAGACAGGAGGAUAGAGACUGGCUUGGAACAUGCUGUACAAACACUGGCACAUCAAUCAUCUGCAGUGAUUUUUUUUUUUAAAAAAAAGAUUGAAUAUUCAGCUGAGAGUUUUAAAAGGAGCCUCGUUACCAAGAAACUUUGGCAUCAAAAGGCUUGGAAAACCCUCUCCGGAUCUCCCCACCAUAGCUGAUACUUCCUCAACAGCAUGGGCAUUGGUUUUCCUGUGUAACUAAGGGUGAAAAAAAACCACCAUCCCUCGGGCAUCGCCACAUCUGGCAGGGAUUUAAGGGCUUCAAUCCAAGCAUCACUGCAAUCUACAAUGGCAAAUGAACCGGUGAUCCUGAAUGUUUAUGACAUGUACUGGAUAAAUGAAUACACCUCCACAUUGGGUAUUGGAGUCUUCCAUUCUGGAAUUGAGAUCUACGGUAGAGAGUUUGCCUAUGGAGGACAUCCCUAUCCUUUCAGUGGGAUUUUUGAGAUCACACCAGGCAGUGCGGUGGAGCUCGGAGAGACCUUUAAAUUCAAAGAAUCCAUUGCCUUGGGCACCACAGACUUCACUGAAGAAGAUGUGGAUAAAAUCAUGGAGGAACUGGGCAAAGAGUACAAGGGCAAUGCUUACCAUCUCAUGCACAAGAAUUGCAAUCACUUCUCAGCUGCUUUGGCAGAGAUCCUGUGUGGGAAGGAAAUCCCACGCUGGGUGAACCGCCUGGCCUACUUUAGCUCCUGCAUUCCUUUCCUGCAAAGCUGCCUCCCCAAGGAAUGGCUGACCCCAGCCGCUCUGCAGACUCAUAUCAACCUUGGCCUUCAUAAGGAAGAGCAGGGAGACACGACGGAUGAGGAAUCGCCAUCGACUUCUGCAGCUGCUUCAGCCCCAGGCCCUUCGCGAACCUGCCGGCACACAAGGGUCUGAACUCUGCCCGUGGAAGCGGCCCUCAAAUCUUUCCCCUAUGCCACUGGUUGCUCCUCCAUCAUUUCCCACGGCUGCUCGAUCUUUUUUCCCCAAGAACCCA